UUGACGGUCCUGGUACAUCUGCCUUUCUCUGCCGUUUCUACCACAUUUUAUCUAUGAGUUACCUCCGUCGCUUUGUCGAUUUUUCUUCAGCGAAUGUAGGAGACAGGAAAAAUACAAACCAAACCACCAAAAGUGCAACUGUCUCCCCUCAUAUUUCGAAACGUUUGCCAACGGGUCUGCGACGCUGUGGGGUUCGCAGGAAGCAACUGCACCUUUUAUCCCGAAACUUCAUCUUGGUUUCGCUAAUGAACACAGUCACCUGUACACGUUGAAACUCAAACAUCACAGUAGGUGGUUUUAAGUUAUCACGACUUGGUUAAAAGUGGCUGGAAAGGAUAUUUUAACGCCACUAGUGAAGGUGUAAUUACUUAACACUUGCAACAUGGCUGCUGCGGGAACGGCAGUGAGAAAAGUUUGACACUGACGUGGGAGAAGUUUUAUGCGAAUGCUAGUGGGUACAUGAGUUGUUGCCCAGAUAAUAAAGUCGUCAGCAGUCUCCUCCAGUCUGGCACCGCUUUCCCCGGACUUACAAACCAGCGGAUAAACCGUGUGAGAGCCUCCUCCUCCUCUGUAGUCACCGCCGACAGUCACUGCAGUGGACUUUGUGGGCAAACUGUGGUGUCUUCUUCUCCAUCGUAGGCUGUGCUGGCGUUGAAGGACUUGUCGACAGGCAGCAGGCUGUGUGUUUCGAGCCAAAAUGCAUUUUUCCAUACCCGAAACGGAGGUUCGUUCGGGAGAAAAUGGAUCAACAUAUGUGGCCUACAACAUCCACGUCAAUGGGGUGCUGCACUGUCGGGUACGCUACAGCCAACUUCUCGGCCUCCACGAACAGAUAAAGAAAGAAUAUGGCAGCAAUGUGGUGCCUGCGUUCCCUCCAAAGAAGAUCUUCACCCUGACUCCUGCUGAGGUCGAACAGAGACGGGAACAGCUGGAGAAAUACAUGCAGGCUGUGCGUCAGGACCCCUUGCUCGGAGCCAGUGAGAUGUUCAACAGCUUCUUAAGGAAAGCACAGCAGGAGACGCAGCAGAUUCCCACAGAAGAAGUCUCUCUAGACAUCUGCCUCUCCAACGGUCAGAAGGUCACAGUCAACAUUCUGACUUCAGAUCAGACGGAGGACGUCCUUGAUGCUGUUGCAACAAAACUCGACCUUCCAGAUGACCUUGUUGGUUACUUCAAUCUCUUCCUCGUACGUGAAGGUGUGGACGGAGGCUUAACGUUUGUGCGGAAGCUGCAGGAGUUUGAGCUGCCUUAUGUAUCCAUUACCAGCUUGCGGAGCUCUGAAUUUCACAUACUCCUACGGAAAAGCUACUGGGACAUGGCGUACGAUGGUGAUGUCAUGGACAACAGAGUCGGCCUGAAUUUGCUGUACGCCCAGACAGUGUCUGACAUUGAGCGAGGCUGGAUACUCGUCAACAAAGACCAGCACAGGCAGCUCAAAUCACUGCAGGAGAAAGGCUCCAAGAAAGAAUUCAUCCAUCUAGGUCAGACUCUCAAAUAUUACGGCUAUAUCAAGUUUGACCCUUGCAUCACCGACUUCCCCGAGAAGGGCUGCCAAGUCAUUGUCAGCGCCGGCAACAACGAGCUCAACUUCCACGUCAAGCUGCCCAACGAACAGAUGAAGGAGGGGAGCUUCAAGGUCACGCGCAUGAGGUGUUGGCGAGUCACGUCUUCUCAAGUCCCGAUAGCCAACGGCACCACCAAUCCCUGCAGCUCGUCCAAAUGCGAGGUCAAACUGGAGCUGGCCUUCGAGUAUCUGAUGAGCAAGGACCGCCUCCAGUGGGUCACCAUCACCAGUCAACAGGCCAUCAUGAUGAGCAUCUGCCUUCAGUCUAUGGUGGACGAAUUAAUGGUGAAGAAAUCGGGCGGCAGCAUUAAGAAGAUGCUGAGGAAACGACACAACGGCUCCAUCCACCGGUCAGACAGUCAGCAAGCUGUGAAAUCUCCCCCUCUACUGGACUCCCCUGACCCGAACCGUGAACAGAUCGUCAAACUCUCAACCAAGCUGAGCUCGGUGUCUCUCCGAGGGAUCAGCGCCUCCAACUCAGCAAACGACAUCAGCGGCAACGAUUUCCACGGCAACUACGCCUUCGAAGGAAUCGGCGACGACGACCUGUAACCUCUGACUCGCCCUCUUCCCCCCUCUUCAUUCCACUGUCAGCGACUGGGACGACAAAGAUUACGAGCUGAGCUGAGCCGAGCCGAGCGGGCCCCACACGCCUCCGAUUCUGCAAGAUUGUAGCUUCUUCCUGGAGAAAUCGCUGCCUUAAGCUCUCAUUUAAUCUUUGACCGUGUCCUUUUUCUUUUAGACUCUUAAACGCUCAUCUUGAUUUGUAUUUUAAUCACAAUCAUCAUAGUCGAUUUAAAGUUCGUCCCUAUGUUAUUAAACUUGUGGCGACAUACGGUAAAUAGCAUGUAAAGCUGCAGGUACGCAAAUAGGGGAUGCUUUUUAUAUCUUACCGACAAAUUCCUUCUUCUGUUUCAUUCUGUUACUGUUUAAUGACAGUAUAUGUGAAGUUCUAUAAUGCAGUUAAAUUCAUGAGGUACAAAGUAAAUUAAUAUAUUAUAAACUACAUGAAGAAAACCUGCUCGAUCCUGGAUUCUUCCCCCGCGGUGGCUGCAUGUUCCUUUCCGACAUGAGAGCCAAAUGUUUAGUUCGACCUGGCACUAGUGAUACUAUAGCAGGACUGGACACGGAUAGUUGUCAAAGUGAGUCCAGUGAAUGUGUUGGAAUUGAUCUCUAAACUGUAGACUAUUCACAGCAACUGCUUACUUAUAUGAAUAAUAGAUGUUUGGCUUGGCUAUAUACCAAAAUGUCUUGUUUUUAUACUGUUAGUGAUCCUCUGUGUGUCAUGCUACUCAUGUGCCAAGUCAGUAAAUGUCUCAGCAGGAUACCAGUGGUGUUUUCAGCUUACAUGUGAGGCACAGUCACUCAUGCUGCCUUCAGAAAUAGUCUGAUGCCUUAAAGGGGAGCUCCGGUAUUUUUAAACUUGGAACCUAUUUUAACACGUUUUAUUGUCUAACAACAGUUUUUGAAACUGAUCAGUAUUGAGAGAGCGCUGCAGCCGGCAGCCAUGAAACAGGCUACAAUGUAACCACUCGAGCAGGUGUGCGUCGUCAGAUUACGUCUAUUCAAAGUGCUUUUUUGCCACUGACAGGCUCAGGUUAUCAUUCUAAUUGUCACAAUAUUACAGACCCUACAGAGGAAUAAAAUGUUCUUAUGUA